AAUUUUUAAUUCUUAUAUUCUACCUGAUUGUAGAGAUACUUUCUUCUUUUAUCUCUUUUUAUUGUAUAAAAUGUCACAAGCUUUUGAAGACGGGGAUGGAGACUGUGGUAACUUUACUCCUAUAUCCAGACUUGAAGACAUUGGUAUUUCUGCUACAGACGUUAAAAAGCUCCGGGAGAAUGGUUAUCAUACAGUAGAAGCAGUAGCCUAUGCACCAAAAAAGGCUUUACUUUCAGUUAAAGGCAUUUCUGAGGCAAAAGCAGACAAACUUUUGGCAGAAGCUGCCAAACUCGUCAAUCUCGGUUUUACUACAGCAACUGAAGUACAUAAGCGUCGACAAGAGGUCAUUACGAUUACUACAGGCUCAAAAGAGCUUGACCGAUUAUUAGGAGGUGGCAUCGAAACAGGUUCUAUUACAGAGAUAUUUGGCGAAUUUAGAACAGGAAAAAGUCAAUUGUGCCAUAUGCUUGCUGUUACUGCGCAGUUGCCUUUGGAUAUGGGAG